UUGCCGGAUGCUAUGUGCAGUUAAAAUAUGUCUGAAGUCGUGAAUACUGGGGGCAUUAGGCCCGGCAGUAUUUAUAGGAUUUCGCUUGAAAACUUUGUGACAUAUAAGCAAGUGGAAUUGUACCCUGGGCCGUCGUUAAAUAUGAUAAUUGGACCGAACGGUACGGGAAAAUCUACUUUUGUUUGUGCAAUCAUUCUUGGACUUUGCGGGAAGACGAGCGUUAUUGGCAGGGCUAAAAAGAUUUCAGAAUACAUUCGCAGCGGUUGCCAACAAUCAACAAUAGAAAUAGAGCUUUACCAACAACCGGGUCAACAAAAUGAUGUGAUUGUAACACGGAAUUUCAACCUUAAGGACAUCUCCACAUGGUUAAUUGACCAUAAAAUUGUGAGGGAGAAAGAUGUUCAACGAGUGAUUGCUUCUUUAAAUAUUCAGGUUGACAACCUCUGCCAACUUCUACCCCAAGACCGAGUCCAAGACUUCUCCAAAAUGGACUCAAUGCAGCUCCUGCGUAGUACUCUGUCAGCUGUAGGUGGGCAAAAGAGUGUGUCUCAGCUGGAUGAGUUAAUUCAAUGCAGGAGUGAGCAGAGGAACUCGUCUACGAAGUUGCAAAGCAAUAUGCACAAUUUGGAAGAGCAGAAACGUUUGAAUGAAAGGUUAAAAGUCCAGAUAGAUGCUAUGAAACAGCGUCAAGAGAUAGAACAACAAAUAGAAGUCUGCGAAAAGAAAAAGCUAUGGCUCGAGUACCAAGAACUGCGAGACAAAGUUAUGGAAUAUAACAAUGACAAGAAUCAAGCUGCAAAAGUCGUCAGAACGCAUAGGAACAAAAUGGAGCCGAUGGAAAGAGUUAUUCAAGAGGCUAAGACAGGAAUUAGUAGACUGGAGCAACAGAAGCUAAGUGCAAACCGCGAAAUCCACGCACUGAAAGAUAAAGUAAAAGAAACAAUAGACUCGGUAAGACAACAAGAAUACGCGAUCAAAGAUGCGGAGUCGGUUUAUCAAGAGAAAUUGGAGCGAUAUAGAAACAGAGAAAGGGAGUUGGGUGAAGCUAAAGCUGUUAGAGAUAAGCUGUUGACUGACCAGAAGAGAUUGGUGGAGAAGGUUGGAGAUGAAAAUCGCGUAAAGAUGGAAUUAGACGAGCUGCACAUAUCAAUAACAAAAACGAAUUCGGCCAUAGACAAGCUAAAAAAGCAAAAAAUGGACAUGCAAUACGAUUUGGAGAAUAAUGUCAUACCACAAAUUCGAUUGUAUCAGAACAAAAUCCGGUCUCUUGAAGACGUAGGUGAAAAGCGUUUAGAAGCACUUCGCAACUACAGCGAAGAUGCAUACAAAGCUGUACAGUGGCUGAGAGAAAACAGAACCAUGUUUCAACAUCCUGUAUAUGAGCCUAUGAUGCUUGAGAUAAAUUUCACUGAUGCCAAAUACGCUCGCUACCUCGAAUCGACGGUACCGGCUCGCGAUUUAGUCGCCUUCACGUUCGAAUCCAGUCAGGACAUGAAUCUGUUCUUGAGGAAUGUCAGGCAGCAGAAGGGACUGAAACGGGUGAACGCCAUUUGCAGCCAGGGUGGAAACGUAAAUUUACCUCAGGGGAAUAUACAGCAGUUGAGUUACCUCGGUUUCUACACGUACCUGCUAGACACUAUAACGGCGCCCGAUGCGAUUCUGCGAUAUCUCUGCAAGCAGUACAACAUUCACAAGAUCCCUAUUGGCAACCAGCAUACGUAUAACAACAGCGGCAAAGUGCCUAAGAACAUUACCUACUUCUUUACUGAAAACCACCGAUUCGUAGUCCGUGUCUCAGCAUAUAGCGGGGCCGUGUCAAGCUCCACGAUCGAAAUCCGACCUGCAAGAUUGUUGGCCAACACUGUCGAUACCGACCAGCUGGACGCGUUCAACGAACAAUUGUCGAAGUUCGAACAAACGGCGCAAUUGAGAAAAAGUAAGUUGCAAGUAAUCGGCAACCAACUCGCCACUCUGGAGUCCAACCUUAAUCAACUCAAUACCAGCAGGAAGGGCAUAAACGAGGGUGUGGUAAAGGUCCGAACUAUAUCCGCCCAAAUUCGUGUACAAAAUAAGAAGAUCCAGGACAUAGAAAGCGAGCCAGUGUUUAACAUAGAGAAUGAGAGAGGCAAAUGCAGGAGGAAACAGAAGGAACACGCUAUGAAACAGACAAAGAUGCACAAAGAGUUGUAUGAGUUUAUGAAGAAUUUGCAGACUAAGAUUUUGAAAGGGGAAAUGUGGAAAGUAAAACUGGAAUUCAGCAGAAACGCGAUAGUUCAACAAGAAUCGGAACUAAGAGAGAUGAAGAACGAAUUACAUAGGGCACAGACAACUCUGGAAAACAUAGACGCACUAUUAUCCCGCGCGAGAUCAAACGCAAAAGAGAAGCUCAUAGAAGCAAAACGCUCCUGUAACAACAAACUACCUCAAGACCCUGACUUUCCUUACAAAGUGGACUUCGACAAAUUGCCCACGGAUGUUAAUAGACUGCAGGAAUAUUGCUACGAGCUGCAGACUAGGAUUGAUUGUAUGGACAAGGGCGAUGAACAGAUCAUCAAAGAUUACGAAGAACGAGAGCGUAUGAUUACAAAACUCCAAGCCGAAGUCAGUAACAAUAGCAACUUGAAUCGGCAGCUUGAGAAUCGAAUGCAGAGCAUUAGGUCUCAAUGGCUGCCUCCAUUGGAACUGCUUCUGAACCAGAUCGACCGCCGCUUCGGCGACAUGUUCGCAAAACUGGACUGCGCGGGGGAGAUCAAGCUGGAUAAGGCCGGAGCAGAGGACGACUACGACAAAUACGGCAUCUCGAUCCUCGUGAAGUUCCGCUCAGGCGAGCAGCUGCAGCAGCUGACGAGGCACGCGCAGUCGGGAGGGGAACGGGCCUUGUCCACGGCCAUUUACUUGAUGGCUUUGCAGGCGCUAACUACGGUACCUUUCAGAUGCGUGGAUGAAAUCAACCAGGGUAUGGACCCGAUCAAUGAACGCAAGAUGUUCCAGCUGCUCGUCAAAGUCACCACCGAGAGCGACAACUCACAGUACUUCUUGUUGACACCGAAGUUACUAACGAAACUGGAGUACAAUCCGAAGAUAAUGGUGCACACGAUAAUGAACGGCAAAAACAUUAUGAACUAUAAGAAAUGGAAUAACAAUAAUUUCCUUGAGAAAGCUAGGUUAUAUAGAGAAUAAUUUAAAAUCGGCUGUAAAGUUAACGUUGAGAUUAUUAAUUUAACUUGUACUACUUACAGGGUGACGUUUAUUGUUUUACCAAUAUUUUAAGGGUGGUUCUCACCAGGGUUGCUGCGAAUAUCAGCAUCAGCAUACCCAUUAAUCGAUGCUGAUAUUAAUUGCGGAUGUUCGAGUCGUGACAUGACCUCAAAACCCCACGUUGGAUUAAUUUACAAACCUCCCAGAACUAGAAAGUAAGCCGAAAAUACAGUUGAGCCGUUGUUGUCAUAGCGUAACUUUGAUAAAAUUUCAGAACAAUGAAGCUAGGCAUAGAUAUUGAUUGAUUCUUUUGUUGAUAAAUGUCACAAAAUCAUUGAAAUAAUAUUCCAUUACAUACCAAAGAAAUUGUGUAUAUAUGUAGAUAGAUUCAGUAACUUACUUCGAUGGCUCAGCGACACGAAUUGGAUCUUUCCCUGCGACAUCGAAGUACGCCAUUUUUUUCUGGCUUCUGCCAAUUCCGACCAUUCGGGAACCUUCAGUUCCUUUAGGUCUUUGGCGACAUCAUCCUUACAGCGACAUCAUCCUUACAGCGAUAUCUUGGACAGCCCGCUGGACGAUAACCCGUUGGUUGCCCCAAAUACGCUCUUUUGGCAGCUCGAUCCUCUCCCAUUCUUUCCACAUGCCAGCAAAGUCGAGCAGAUUUUAUUUCCCCGAUUAUGUCCGGCUCAGACACUAGAUUCUAUAGAUUCGGUAAGGAUGUACAUGUUUCGCGUUUUUUUCUUCUAAAUACAUAAAACCAGCAUUCGCAUUCGUUAAGGUCAAAAAAGCAGCAACACCUGCAUCAGCAACAAUCCUGGUUCUAACCAUCAAUACGAACAAUUUUUACCCUCGCCACCCCUUACAAAUCGUGAGAAAAAUUGUUUUUCCAUACAUUUGUGUCGGAUAUAACAAUUGACUAGUGAUGGUAGACCAUUUUGAAAAUGAUUGCUUAUAUAUUUUACAACUUGAAAUGACACACUUACCGACUUUAAAGCAAAGUGUGUAAAGAGCAUUUUACUCUGCCCAUAGAAUAG